GUGAGAGUAUAAGAAACGUGUGCGCUGAUUGCAGCAUGAUCUGCCAGCGAUGUCAACGGGUGCUGCGUAUAGGCGACGGUGUCAAGUGCGAGGAGUGUGACUCCAGGUUUCAUGUGAAAUGCAUUAACGUGAACGAUUCGCCACAUGACCUCCGAGAGGGCGGCGAUCUAUUGUAUCAAUGGAAAUGUGCCGUAUGCCACAAGUCUGCCAGCAAAAGUAAUAUAGAUACUUCGAGAGAAGACUUCCUACAUGCUAUCAGUAUUAUUACUGAAAAGUUCGAACUCGUAAACAAAAUCCAACUUCCAAAACUUAACAGUGAUUUGAUUCAAGUAAAAUCUAUGACAGAACACAUCGUUAAACAGAACGAAGAUAUCCUUCGUCGAAUCAGUGAUAUUGAGAAAAAAGGGAAGAAGUCUGAGAGCCGGGUCACACAGGGGUCUUCGUCUCUCGGGUACCGGAAAAGGAGUUUGAACCUCACGUCUAACGUCAAGGGCAAAAAGAAUGAAGAAGGCGACCACGUCCCCAUUCUCCCGGUCCCCGAGAAGACUGCCCGGUACCGGACGAGAAGGUCGUACAUUCUUCGUAACAUGUUUCAUGCCCUCAACAGAAAGCUGAAUAAAAAUCCUAGAACUCCGAGAAAGAAAAUAUAACUUUACAUAAUGGAUCGUACGGCUUGUUUCAAUUUUUAAACCAACUCUUUCUAAUAUUAUUUGAGGAAGAGCUACUUUGACCUUUAUGAAUGUUGAAAAUGUAGGUAGGUAUACUUAAUGCGUACAUUGUAAAUUGGCAGAUACCUACCUAUCUGGUGUAUCAAAACAAGUAAUUCUUGUUGGAUCGGUUGGCGAUCGCGCUUUUAGUGAUAGAGAAGAUAUAGGUACGCUAGGUAGGUAUCUAUCUACAUAAGAAAAAAGGGAGCACUCAACUCGUAUCCUUCCGUAGUUUAUUGAACUUAUCAAGAUCAAAAACCUGACCUGCACAUUAGUACUAACAACUUAUAUUCUACCUAAUACGCCAUUAUUUGAGCAACCACUUAUUUUGAUCGAUUAUAUUAUGAUUACGAAAUUAAAAUGUGGAGUACUACACGCGCACACCUAGGUAUCUACCUACUCUAGAUAAAUAUUAAUUGCCCAUUAAUGCUAUUGGUAAUUAAUAAUUA